AUGAACUCCCUGCAGCAUCCUACCUGCUCUCACUUUACCUUCGCCUUUUCUAGCUUGCUAAUCUUCUCUAACAAAACCUCUUCUUCCUUUCUUUUAUCUUCUUCAUACCAAACCACAUUUUCCUCUUCUACAGACUCAAGUUUUUCUCUUUUCUCUUCCCUUUCUCCACACUCAAUUUCCAUCCAAAUUCAAUGGAGACCUGAAACAGGACAAUACCAGCUAUCUUGCACCUCAAAAACUUCAAACCUACCAUACCCAAUUUCUAAAUUCUUGUGGGUUCCUUCUCUUUCAAGAAAAUUUUUUUUCUCCCCUUUUUUGAUUUCCCCAUACACCCAUUUUGCUGAGAAACACAUUAAUGGAGACAGAGGAAACAAGGGAGCAACACUCUGGUUUUGCAUCUUUCUCUUCUCCAUCUUCACGUAGUGCUAACGUUGUGCCUCUAGAUUGGUCUCCAGAUCGACGAAUUACUAGACCGCUGCAUUGUCUUCGUUGGUUGGAGAACAGAGGUGCAGCCGCGGUGGCCAGCUGCAGCUUCAGCGUGGAACGGCUGAAGUUCGUUGACAAUGCAGGAAGUGAGUGGAAGAACGUGGAGGAGCGCUUCCACCAGAUUGUGACCACAAGGUACGGCGGGCGUGAAUCCGUCGUUAAAUGGUCCGAUUUCGGGACUUGCAUAGGAAUGGGAGAAUCUCCAGAAUUUGCAAAGCAGCUAUUAAGUGCACUAAGAGGGGAAAGAAAGUGGAAAUUUGAUAUCACUAAAGAUGAACUUCAUAAGCAUUGGUGUCGGAUGACAGACCCCUGCUUCAAUUCAAGGACACAAUUAUUCUUUGACAUGUGUGACGGAGACAUGGAUGGAAGAGUCACAAAAAUGGAUAUAAAGCAGCUAAUCCUACUGAGUGCCUCCACAAACAAGUUACUAGUUAGACAUGAAGAAGCUGAAUUAUAUGCUGGUCUAGUCAUUCAACUUCUUGAUAUUGAAAAGCUAGGUUAUAUUCAGGCACCUCAACUGCAAACUCUGUUCAAGUUGAGCUUACCUCCGGCAGCCUCCGCUGCUACUCCAUAUCGAAAUGCCACCGAGAAAGAGCCGAUGUUAAAGGCGGAAAUCUUGUUCCGGUCGCAGUGGAGGCGAGCAUGGGUAGUUCUGUUCUGGUUGGCUAUUUGUCUUGCGCUAUUCGUAUGGAAAUUCAUCCAGUACAGCCACAGAACGGCGUUCCAAGUCAUGGGCUACUGUCUCUCCACCGCAAAGGGCUCCGCAGAGACCCUCAAGUUCAACAUGGCUGUAAUUCUCCUCCCCGUUUGCCGGAACACCAUCACUUGGCUUCGCCGGCACCGUGGGAUCAGCUCUGUUUUUCCCUUCAAUGACAACAUCAACUUUCACAAGUUGAUUGCAGGAGGGAUUGUGGUGGGAGUUAUCCUCCAUGGGGGAACUCAUCUUGCUUGUGAUUUUCCGAGGAUUAGUGAUUCCGACAGGUCGAUUUUCCGGCAAACUAUUGCCGCUAGAUUCGGGUACCAUCAACCAUCCUACACCCAAAUAUUAGCCACCACUGAGGUUGCAACAGGGAUUGCUAUCGUGGUAUUGAUGGCAAUAGCAUUUUCUCUGGCAACAAAGUGGCCUCGCCGGCAAUCACCUUCACUUCCAAGGUCUGUCCGGAAUGUCAUUGGGUACAAUACAUUUUGGUACUCACACCACCUCUUCAUUCUUGUGUAUGCUUUGCUCAUUGUUCACUCCAUGUUCCUCUUCUUGACUGAUAAGGCAACUGAAAAAACGACAUGGAUGUACAUUGCUAUUCCAGUCUUGUUAUAUGCUGGAGAGAGGAUUUUUCGAGCCAUUAGAUCAGGGUCUUCUGACAUGGAAAUUCUGAAGGUGAGCUUAUAUCAAGGAAAAGUGUUGUCCCUCAAAUGUCAGAAACCAGAAGGUUUCAGGCACAAGAGUGGCAUGUACAUUUUCAUCCAAUGUCCUCAAAUUUCACCAUUUGAAUGGCACCCUUUCUCCUUAACUUCUGGACCUAAAGAUGAUUUCUUAAGUGUGCAUAUCAGAAGUCUUGGAGACUGGAGUUAUCAGCUAUAUAGCAUCUUCCAAGAGGCAAUUUUAGCUGGAGCAAAGCAGUAUCCAAAAGUAUACAUUGAUGGACCUUAUGGUGCUGCUUCUCAAGAUCAUGUCAAGUACGAUAUCAUUGUAAUGAUUGGCCUUGGAAUAGGAGCCACUCCCUUCAUUAGCAUCCUCAAAGAUAUUGGUGAUAAAGAUUGUUUGCUGAACAUUUAUCAGGCUGCUUGUGAGAACUGCAGGAUCACAAAAGGUCCAUUAAAAGCCUAUCUUUAUUGGGUUACAAGAGAGCAGAGCUCAUUUGAUUGGUUCAAGGAUGUGAUGAAGGAAAUAGCAGAAACAAAACAAAAGCAGUCUGUUAUAGAGGUAUUCAACUUCUUAAGCAGCAUAUAUCAAGAGGGUGACGCUCGGUCAGCACUAAUCAGUGUUAUUCAAGCCCUCUAUCUUGCCAACUAUGGAAUCGACAUUCUCUCGCAGACACCGGUGCGCACUCAUUUUGGUCGACCAAAUUGGUUCAAUAUCUUCUCGAAAUUGGCUCAAAGACACAGAGGAGCACGAAUUGGGGUAUUCUACUGUGGGCCAUUCGCAUUAGCAAGAGAUUUGGAGAAGUUAUGUACCAAAUUCUCAACCCAAACAACUACUAGAUUUGUUUUUCACAAGGAGAAUUAUUAAGCAUGGUCUCCAAUGGCGUGCUCACUAUGGUGAAGUUUGUUCCGGGGAUUGGGCUAUUGGCUAUCUGGUUUCUUAUUCAAGCCAGCUUUAUUCUAAUUACAAAGUUGUAAACUUUUUGAGCGAAGUAAAACCUUGAAAAAUUAUUUGUAUCAGUUGCAUAUUCACAGAAUAUAAACUUCUGCUGCCAAUGUACAAGAUUUUUUUUGUUUCUUUCACACUGCCAACAUACAAUAUGUUAUGCCGCAAGCUUAUUAUUACUUCCCUUAAUUAGCUGAAUCUGCGCUGGUCACACUGUCACAGGAAUAAAAAAUCCAGUACAAU